AUGUCAUUAAUGAUGAACGGACUUUUAGGUGCCGCCUCGGGAUUUGGCCUUGCAUGUGUCAACAAAUUUGUUGAAGAGGGGGCGCAAGUGGUCGCCGCGGACAUGAAUGAAGCUGGAUUAGCUGCUGCAUACCAUUCUGCUCCGAACAGCCAUAUUACAAUCGUUACCGCAAAUGUUACUGUACAAGCGGAUUGGGAGAAGCUAGUCGAGCUAGCGGUGUCUAAGUUUGGCGGACUCGAUAUUCUUGUUAAUAAUGCUGGCACAUCUUAUAAGAAUAAGCCUACGCUGGAAGUGACUGAGGCCGAGUUCGAUAAAGUCAUGUCUGUCAAUGUCAAGAGCAUAUACUUGAGCAUUCUAUCUACCUUACCUGUACUCAAAGAAAGAGGCGGAGGAUCAAUUAUCAAUAUCUCCAGCAUAGGAGCGAUGAGACCACGCCCGGGAUUGGUUUGGUACAACGCGUCGAAGAGCGCAGUGGCAAAUGCUACAAAAGGACUCGCCGCCGAGUUUGGCAAGGACCAGAUCCGCAUAAAUGCUCUGUGCCCACUACUUUCAGGGACUGGUCUUUUCGAACAAUUUGUUGGGGUGCCUUAUAACGAGGAGAAUAUAAACAACUUUCUAUCUAAUGUGCCCUUAGGCAGGCUGACUGAUCCAACAGACAUCGCCAAUAUCGCAGCAUAUCUGGCGAGUGACGAAGGCAAAUUUAUCACGGGUGUCAAUUGGGAGAUUGACGGCGGCCGAUCCGUAGGUGCGUAG